AAAAAAAAACAAAACAACAACGUGAUAAUUUUCAGAAUAUUUCUGACGUUUUAUUCUGGAAAUAAAUAUUCGUGUCGUGCGUUGAAACGAAGUAUUCGCGUUAAUUAAAUCAUCUUAAAUAGUUAUGUUCAAUUCAAAGCCGGUAAAUAAUCAUAGAAGACGAUUUAAACUGAUCAAAUUCAAAGCUAACAACUUGUAUUCAACCUCGCGCAAUAAUCUUAGCAUAUUUUGUAGUAAUAUUUGAAAUUCGUCAUGGAUUGGGAUUCAGAAAAUUUCGAACCUACUCCUAUUGCCUCAUCUGCCACUAGUAAAUGGGUCGGAGAAGACGAAGAUGAUAAUAUCAAGGAUAAUUGGGAAGACGAAGAAGACUCGAGAAAAGAUGAGCCGCAGAAGAAAAGUGCUCAAUCCAAGAAACCCAAGUCUAGGUUGGACGAAGCUAUCGAAGAACGAGAAAGAAGAGAACGCGAAAGAAAAUCAAAACUACGAAGCGAACUCGAGAAAGAAAUAGAUACAACGAACAUGACUCCCGAAGAAGUAGCAGCUGAAAAACUCAGACGCCAGAAAUUAAUCGAAGAAGCUGAUCUGGAACUGGCUAAAGAAACAUUAGGAUUCGAAGAUGAAAGUUGCUUCCUCGACGGAUUGAAUCCUACCACCAAAGAGGAGUUUGUCACCUUCAAGGAUGCGAUAUGUAAAAAAAUAUUAUCGUUUAAGAAAUCCGAACAUUUUAGCGUUUUUAUGGAAGAAUUUAUCAAGGAUGUUUCGGCUGAUUUAACCUCGAAUGAACUGAAAAAACUCAAAAUGAACAUGGAUAAUAUGUUCAACGAAAAAGUUAAAGUUGAGAAAAACGAAAAAGGCAAGAAAGCUAAAGGCAAAGGCAAAGCUAAAAUACGAGUCGAGCAGAACGAUAUGGUAUACGAUGAAUAUUCAGCUUACACGAUCGAUGAAUAUGAUGAUUUUAUGUAAGAUGAUUUCUACGGUUACGGAGUAAGUUAGUGUUAUACAUCAGUUAUUGUUACGAAUUUUUUUUUUCUUCUUCUUAGUAAGAAAUUAUUAUGUUUAUUUAUUAUGUGAUUAUUAUUGAAUAUAAUUUCUAAUUGAGCUGAA